UGCUCAAAAAUCUUUCUCAUAUUUCUGGGAUUUUUUCGAAAACAAACAUCAAAUUUAGGUGUCUUAUCUUCAAGCAAUUUUUUUGUUGUGGGUUGAGAGACACUGCCAUGCCUGGGACACCGAAGUGCGUCAUAGAUGGCUGUUCCAGUACCUUCACGGUAAUCCAAUUACUGCGCCGUCGUCCUUGUUCGAAGCAUGGGGUGACAUUUGGGAGACCGGAGUGUGACUGUGGGUUUCCAUUUCAAUUCAUCAAGUUUCCGCGAGAAGAAUAUGCCAAAGCAAGGGCGGAGUGGAUCGACAUCGUGCGAACUGUGAAUGGUAAACCGGGUUGGUCCCCUAACGUGAGAUCACACAUUUGUUCCUUGCAUUUCGUGGAUGGUGCUCCCACUGACGGAAAUCCAAAACCAACUCUGAAUUUGGGCAGCGGCAAGAAUGAGCGCAAUGAUUCAUCCGUAGUUACUCCAUCUACAACCCGAAGUCAACACGAGUCGAGGCAAGUGGAUGAUAAUAGCGCUAUAGGGAAAAUGUCCGGCACAAAAACUGGGACGAAGUUGCUUCAGCUUCGGGCGUUGAUGAAAAAUAAGAAAUAUGUGACGGAGCCAAUUCAUGCCUACAUAAUACCAUCAGGAGACGCACACCAGAGUGAAUAUAUCGCACCUCAUGACAACAGACGGUCUUUCAUCAGUGGAUUCACCGGAUCUGCAGGGACGGUCAUUGUCACCGAGGACCACGCAGCACUGUGGACAGACGGUCGCUACUUCCUACAGGCAACAGAGCAGAUGGACGAGAACUGGACGCUGAUGAAGGAUGGUCUGCCAGAAACGCCAAGUCAGGCAGACUGGUUGAAAAAGAUUUUGCCCAAUGGAGGACGAGUUGGAUUUGAUCCUUUGCUCGUGUCAUUUGAUGUAUGGCAACCAUUGUACAAACAGCUGAAAACAGGUGGCCACCAGAUGGCACUUGUCAAUCAGAAUCUGAUUGAUCUAAUUUGGGAGGACCAGCCACCACCACCAAAUAAUGGUCUGAUGGUUCUCUCCACAAAAUACACAGGAAUGUCAUGGCAAGACAAAGUGGCCGAGAUGAGAGUGAAAAUGAAGGAGAAAGAUUGUUGUGCCUUGGUCCUGACAGCUUUGGAUGAAGUCGCAUAUUUGUUCAACCUACGUGGCUCAGAUAUUCAGUUCAACCCAGUUUUCUUGUCAUAUGCAAUCGUUGGCCUUGAAAACAUCUGGUUGUUUAUAGAUGAAGAUAAGGUCGAUGACCCAGCCGUCCAAGAUCACCUGAACGUCAACAAUACAUCUGAAGGUGCUUUAAAAGUCACACUUCAGCCGUACGAAGCGGUCAAAGAAGUGAUUGCACAAUUAGUCGCAAAAGAAAAGCAGAAAAUUUGGAUAAGCCGGAGUUCAAGUACCGCCUUGUUUAAUAUCAUUCCUAAAACCCGUCGGUGCGAGGUACAGAGUCCAGUGGCAGUCAUGAAGGCGGUUAAGAAUGAGACUGAAAUCAAAUGCAUGAGAAAAGCCCAUAUCAGGGAUGCUGUCGCAUUGUGUGAAUACUUCCUCUGGCUGGAGAAAGAGGUGCCAAAAGGAAACCUAACAGAACUCACGGCAUCAGAUUAUCUGGAGGAACUCAGGAGCCGACAGGAAGACUUCGUCAGCCUCAGUUUUGAUACAAUCUCAAGCAGUGGUCCACAUGGUGCCGUCAUUCAUUAUAAAGUUACGCCAGAAACAGAUCGACCACUUUCAACCGAUGAACUCUACCUCUGUGAUUCUGGUGGACAGUACAAAGAUGGCACCACCGAUGUGACAAGAACGAUGCAUUUUGGAACGCCGACCGACCACCAGAAGAAAUGUUUUACUCGGGUCCUGAAAGGAGUCAUCCAGUUAGCUGCUGCCAUAUUCCCGAAUGGUCUAAAGGGAUUGAUGUUGGACACGUUAGCGAGGACGCAUUUAUGGGAUAUUGGUCUCGAUUAUUUACACGGGACGGGACAUGGUGUUGGAGCUUUCCUUAAUGUCCAUGAAGGUCCAUGUCGCAUCAGUCCAAAGGUCACUGCCAGCGAAAUAGGUUUGAAGGAAGGCAUGAUACUCUCUGAUGAGCCAGGAUAUUAUGAAGAUGGCAGCUUCGGAAUUCGCAUCGAAAAUCUUGUCGUAGUGGAGAAGGCAGACACCGAGCAUAACUUCAAGAACAAAGGCUUCCUCACAUUCGACACCAUCACCCUUGUGCCUCUUCAGCAGAAGAUGCUUGUGCCGGAGUUACUAACAGAAAAGGAGAUCGACUGGAUCAACGACUACCAUGAACAAUGUCGAACGGUCGUUGGUGACGAGCUCAAGAAACAAGGCAAGAUGGAUGUUUACGAUUGGUUGAUCAGACAGACUCAAACCAUUGGAUGAGGUUGCCCAGUAAAAGGAUCAGUAGUAUCAAUUGCGAGGCCAGCAAAGCAUGUAUUGUACUUUUAGAUUACAUCAAGUAUUGUUAAUUGUCGGAUCAGCACUACAUGUAUUGUGCUUUAUAGUGUUCAGCAAGUAGUGUUAAUUGCCAGGCCACCAAUACAUAUAUUGUACUUUAUAGAGUGCAUGUACAUCAAGUAUGGUCAAUUGUCAGGUCAGCACUACAUGUAUUGUGCUUUAUAGACUACAUCAAGUACAGUAGAACCUCUAUAUUAAGGACACCCAUGGGACUGACAAGUGCUGUACUUAAUAGAGAGGUGUCCUGAUUAGAGAGGUCAAAUUGAAUGGAAACCAAUUUGGGACCAAAAGUAGUGUCCUUAAAAGAGAGGUUGUCCUUAAUACAGAGGUUGUCCUUAAUAGAGAGGUUGUCCUUAAUAGAGAGGUGUCCGCUAAGGGAGGUUCCACGGUAUUAAUUGCCGGGCCACCAAUACACAUUUCACAAAAGGUCUACAAUAGGGAAAUGAACAACAAGUCUGUAUCAACCUGUCAAGUUCAGAUGCGACAAGCGCCUAGUUUUGGUAGAGCGGGUCACAUUUUGUAAAGAGUACAUCAGGUAUUGGAUGCUUCAGCAACAUAUAAGGGCCGAUUAGACGCUUUCCAAAAAGACCGCAUAAGACUGCAUUCCGAUCCGAUCCGAUCGAACCCCAUUCCAGACUGGAUGUGGUCUCAUUUUAAUGUACCCAUUUAGACGCUCAACGGCAAUGAGGACUGAUGUGGACUUAUUUCUUUUGGUUCCACCAAUAAUCCGCAGGAUGUCGCGGUGGCGUCACCGAUUUAGCGCCAGAAUGCGGGUUGUAAUGGUACUAGGCAAGCUCGUUCUUAUGGUAGCUGCUGUCUAGCUUCCGCUGAAUGGAUUGAUCGCUCCAAAUAUGUAUGAGAUCGAAAACAACCGUGUCCGUGAACUUAUCCUUCACCAUAUUGGAAUAAUGAAAAUAAGCCAAGAGAAAAUACUAUAAAACUGACAAUCAAAACGACAUUAAUUCUCGUGAAAAUACACGUGUUUAUAAUGAAAGGAAGUAUUGCCGAAGUACCAAAUCCAAUACGCAUGAAAAUAAAUUAGUCCAGAUGAGACCGCAUUAGGCCCGAUCGCGUUUGGACGACCCAAUUUGAUCCGGAUGCAUCCGGAUUAGCCCCGAUGGAACCAGCAAAAGAGGUGGACCACUUGAAGACCCGAUGGGACCACAUGAGACCCGAUCGGUUUGCGUUUACACCAGGGAAAUUUAGACCGCAUUCGGAUUCGAUCGGAUCUCAUCGGGCCUUUUUUCUGUCGUCUAAACGGCCCUAUGAACUAUAAGCAAACAUUCCACAAGACAUUUUUUGUUUACUUUCGAAUGUAAAUCACUAGUGGUGUCGACAAAGAAUGUAACUCUACAGGCAUCCUUACCCUUUUGUAUCACCACUAUCGAGAUCCACAAACCAUGACGGAUUCCAUCGAUUUUCCUGUUUUUUCGGCGCGCUCUCAGCGCGUGCUCCAUCACAGCGCUGAUAUGAGAACUUAAAGAGGGCAAAGGUCAACGCCGAUUGCAGGUGUUCACCUCGUCGCCUGUUUCGGCAACAGUCCAACUAAUGCAAGUUUAGUGCAUUUUAUGAAUCCGCUUAAUGGGCACAGGGUUGUAGGUUGUCGGAUACUACUGCAGUUGCUGAGAUCGUUCCGUUAGAUAUGUUCUGAUUGGUUCAAAAUCGAGGCUACUUGCCUGGGCUAAAAAACAGCUUCUUGGGCGGAAAAUGUCAAGGGUUUGGGUGAGUGAAUUGGUGAUCUCAAAACAUUGCGGGUCAGGAUGAACUGUAAAGCAAACAUUCCACAAGACCUUUUUGUUCACUUUCAAAUGUAAAUCACCAGUGGUGUCUACAAAGAAUUGUUUACCUUAUAACUACCUUAUUCUGCAUAAGGUAUACCUUUAGUGCUGGCCAAGCAUUCAAUACUUCUCCUUCUUGAUAACUAGGUUUUCAAUUCUAUAACACUGUUAAUCUAGAGAUGUCGGUCUGCCUUUUUUUCCUGUUACGGUUAAAUUGUGGAACCAAAUGGCCUUAGAAAGAAAAAUCUAAUAGAAGUACUUGUAACAAGGUUGUCAAAACACUAUGUUUUAAAGGGGUACACUGUUGGUAAUUACUUGUGGUCGAGUUGAAUAGAAAUCCACUAAUACACGAUGCCGUAGUGCAGUUAUUGUGAAUACAAAUUUGUUUAAACUUGGUAUUCAUAGUAUUUGUAUAUCAGUCUACACAACGGUACGGCAGCAGAUUAGUGCCAUAAAAAAUAAAAUAUUAUCUCGUUAUUACGAGAUCUUUUCUCGUUAUUACGCGAUGUUAUCUCGUUAUUACGCGAUGUUAUCUCGUUAUUACGAGAUCUUUUCUCGUUAUUACGCGAUCUUUUCUCGUUAUUACGAGAUGUUAUCUCGUUAUUAUGCGAUGUUUUUCUCGUUAUUUUCACCAUUGUUCAGUCCAAGAUUGAAAUAGAACCGUACAAGAAGUUCCCUCAUAUUAGGCAUGUUAGGACACGACGAUGGUAUAUGGGUCUAUAAAGUACGGACCUUUCCCGCGCUUGAUCCUGAGCUUUAAUCCUCGAUGUUGCGUGCACUUUCGCAUCUCGUAAUAACGAGAAAAGAUCUCGUAAUAACGAGAUAACAUCUCGUAAUAACGAGAAAAGAUCGCGUAAUAACGAGAAAAGAUCUCGUAAUAACGAGAUAACAUCUCGUAAUAACGAGAAAAGAUCGCGUAAUAACGAGAAAAGAUCUCGUAAUAACGAGAAAAUAUUUUAUUUUUUAUGGCACUAAUCUGCUGCUGUACAACGGCAAUGUUGACAUUUAUAUUUAGUAUGUAUUUACGCAAUUGACAAUUUUCAAUUUCAAUUACAAAUUCAACAUUUUUUAACGAACGGUGUACGCCUUUAAGGUACACCAAGUCCACAUCUACAUUGUAUUUCACAAAACUGCGUAAUAUUAAAUGGCCAUGAAUAUUUUGGGUUUACAAGUAUUUUAUCCUUGAAUUAUUACCCUAAUCAAAAAAAACUUACCCUUGACUAGGGUACUGUGAGGUAUUAUUAGGUAUUCUAGGGUAAACAUGGGGGUAAUUUGGCCCAAAUUUUGUCAGCAUGGACCUCCUUUGAAUACAACACUUCUCAAAUAUCCAAGAAUAUAAAAUAUUUUUGUUUGGUUAUUGUGCCAUGACAAAAACAUGUGCUAUUUACAUGUGUGAAUUAUUUAUUGUAAUCGCAAAUUGAUUUGUCCUAACGUGUUUAUACGUAUUAACUUGUCCAGUAGCUGCUCAAAGCAGCUGCAUCCGACUAAUAUCCAAUUUUCGCUGCAUGUCAUACGGUAGAUUUUUGUUAAAUGUAAUAAAUCUCUAUCAUGUGAUGAUUGUGCUUUAAAGUGCGACUGUAGGCAGCAGCUAGGCAGGAAGGAUAAAGCUACACAAAGCUGCCAAUAGGGGUCUCUCACAUCUCACAGUACGUCGAAAUGAUUCACGCUUGUACGAGGAAUAUAUUUAGUGCUGAAUCUGACAUGAUCCAGGGCUCUUACUGUGUAUAUUAGUCACCUGAAGAUGGCCUCUCUGCUCCUGCCUAUAGUCCCCCUUUAACUUGUCCUGUAGCUAAUCAAAGCAGUGGCAACAGACUGAUAUCCAAUUUUAGCUGCAUGUCAUACGGCAGACUUUUGUCAAAUGCAAUAAAAAUCUCUUUUAUGUGAUGAAAUUCAGUUGUCUGCAUUGUGCUUUGAAUGCAUUGCAGACAAGCUGUUUAAAUUGCAGCUGACAUUGUAUAAUGUAGGUUCAGUGCACCAUUAAAUCUGGUGUACAUUUUGUAAACAACGACUAUAGAUAAAUUUUCAUGAAUGACCUUUUUAGCUCACCUCUUAGCAGAGGUGAGCUUAUCCCAUAACGUGGCGUCCGUCGUCCGUCGUCCGUCGUCGUCGUCGUCGUCGUCCGUCGUCCGUUAGCAGGGCACGUUUCGUAACUGUUAGAGCUAUUGAGUUGAAACUUGGUACACAUGUACCCUUAUGUAAUGACACCUUGGAGACCAAGUUUCGGUCCGAUUCGUUUCAUGGUUUGGCCACCAGGGGGCCAAACGUUAAAAGUGAAAAUAUGCAAUAUCUCCCUCAAUAGUAGUUGGGAAAUUUUGAAAAAAAUAUGGUAGGUACUUCUAGCAAAGGUGCAUCAUAUAUCCUCCGGGUUUUUGAUUUGACCUCCUUUUCAAGGUCACAGAGGUCAAAUGGUGUAAAUUGGCCGUUAGGAUGUAACGAUGGCACGUUUCUAAACUGCAAUGACUAUUGAUACCAAAUUUGGUACACAUUUACCCCUUAGUCAGGUGAUCUCAGGGACCGAAGUUUGGUCCAAUAUGAUUCACCACUUGACCACCAGGGGGCAAAAUCCAAAAACCUUAAAAAUGUGAUUAUUCCUUAACUUCUUGCCCGAUUGCCACCAAUUUGAUAUCAUGGGUACAUCUAACCACCAUACAGUAUAUGUCACACAGGUUUUCAAUUUGACCGUCUUGUCAAGGUCACAGAGGUCAAAUGACGUAAAUUCGCCGUCAGGCCGUAACUAUGGCACGUUUGUUAACUGCAAUGACUAUUGAUCACAAAUUAAGUACACAUGUACCCCUUGGUCAGGUGAUCUCAGGUACCGAAGUUUGGUGCGAUCUGAUUUGCCGUUUGGCCUCCAGGGAGGGGGCCAAAUCCUAAAUUCAUCAAAAUGCCAUUAUUCCUAGUAAUGACUUGCCCGAUUGGCACCAAUUUUAUAUCAUAGGUACAUCUAAUUCUAACAACCAUUCAAUGUGUCACCCGGGUCUUCUUUGAUUUGACCUACUUUUCAAGGUCACAGAGGUCGAAUGUACUGUAAAUUGGCCAUUUUGGGGAAAUUGUAAUUGCUUGGACCUACAUCAAACCUAACACUACAUGACACAAUACCAUGCUCUUUAUCCAUCUUUCCUCCACAUGAGGUGAGCACAAUGGCCCUGGCCAUUUCAUUUCUAAAAAUCUCAAGUCUACCUCCACUUAGGGUUACAAAAAUGGAGCAGUCAUAUCAAAAUACUAAUGUUUGAUCAUGUUCCGAUGAGUUGACCUAAAAUGUAAAUGAUUUUAUCGCACAUCGCAGCGGAGACUGUUGCUCAUGAAUAUUCAUCCUGGAAUCAGUUGCCCAGUUGACCGGGAAUCUCAUCUUGAUCUUGUGAAUUCAAGGCAGGCCUUUCAACUUACCAAGCAGCAUCCUCUGAGAGAGGCUGGGGAAAUGUGUCCACAAGAAAAACAGCCAAAAUGUCAGUGCUCCUUUGUAAAUUUACUAAAAUAACCUGUCUCUAUCUACAUGUAGUUACUUGAACCAUUUGACAUCAUACAUGUAUGCACUGAAUUUUGAAUUUUUCUUGAAAUAAAUUAACCAGCAGGUUAGUCUAUAUGCUUCAUGCAUGCUUUGCAAUAUCGCCUCGCUAUCAGCAGGACAAACAGGCAGCAGCUUAUUAAUACCAGAUGAACACAACGUUAUUUCGUUGGAAGGCUUCAACGACUCAGUUUUCCCAACGUUAUCAAAAGCUUUCUCCUUUUCCCGGACAGACCAGCUCACCAGGUUGGAAGGCCCCUCUCAUUCUCGGGAGGCUGGGGAAUUGAUUCUCCUUGGUGUUAAUGCGAGCACCUUCAACAGUAAAUACAGUGACCCCUAGGGACAGUUGAUUUUUUUCACAUGCUGAGAAAGCUACUAUCAAAAUUGCUGGUCUGUGACGCACUUUAGUUUCAUGUCAGAUAUCAUGCAUUCAUAUACAUGUAUGUACAGUAGAACCUCUCUAUUAAGGACACCCUCGGGACUGACAAGUACUGCCCUCAAUAGAGAAGUGUCCUGAUUAGAGGUCAAAUUGAAUGGAAUGUACCAAUCGGGACCAAAACUAGUGUCCUUUACAGAGAGGUUGUCCUUAGUAGAGAGGUGUCGGCUAAGGGAGGUUCCACUGUACUUCAUACAUUACAUAGAGUAGUAUUCUAUACAAAAAUGAAAAAUAAUAAAAUUGAUGUAAAAAUA